AUGGGUCUCCUCACCACCGUCGCCACGCCAAUUGAGCACUUGCUCAACACUCUCCCUGUUUACCAGCUCGUUCUCCUCGGCUUCACCGCAUUCAUCUCCCUCGUCAUCAUCCUCAACGUCGCCCGCCAGUUACUCUUCAAGGAUAGAAAUGCCCCGCCAGAGGUCUUCCAUCUUGUCCCUGGCUUGGGAAGCACGAUAUGGUACGGCAUGGAUCCCUUCGAUUUUUUCUUUUUCUGUAGAGAAAAGUACGGCGACGUCUUCACGUUCGUUCUUCUCGGCCGCAAAGUCACCGUCUGCCUGGGCACCAAAGGAAACGAAUUCAUCCUCAAUGGAAAACUAAAGGAUGUCAAUGCCGAGGAAGUCUACACGGGUCUCACCACUCCUGUCUUUGGGGAGGGCGUCGUCUACGACUGUGAAAACUCAAAACUCAUGGAGCAGAAGAAAUUCGUCAAGUUCGGCCUGACCUUGGAUGCUUUCCGCUCCUACGUCGAUCUCAUCUCCAAUGAGACCAAGCUGUUCGUGCGCGAAGGAAAGCCCUUGCGCGGUCCAGCUGGCACCUUUGACGUGGUCCCCGCCAUGGCUGAAUUGACCAUUUACACUGCAUCAAGAUCCCUCCAAGGAAAGGAAGUCCGAGCCAAAUUCGACUCAAGUUUCGCAGACCUUUACCACGAUCUCGACAUGGGGUUUGCCCCCAUCAACUUCAUGCUUCCUUGGGCUCCUCUCCCGCAUAACCGGAAGCGAGAUAUUGCACAGAAGAAAAUGACCGAAACAUACAUGGAGAUCAUCAAGGCCCGACGCGCGCAAGGUGGAAAGAAGGAGGGUGAUGAAGAAGACAUGAUCUGGAACUUGAUGAACAGCGUUUACAAGGAUGGUACACCCGUCCCUGACAAAGAGGUUGCCCAUAUGAUGAUUGCAUUGCUCAUGGCAGGUCAGCACUCGAGUUCAAGCACGUCCGCUUGGAUCCUGCUGAGACUAGCCACCCGACCAGACAUCCAGGAGGACCUGUUGGAAGAACAGAAGCGAGUGCUUGGAGAGGACCUACCACCAUUGACCUAUGAGUCGAUACAGAAGCUGAAAUUCAACUCCCAGGUCGUCAAGGAGACGCUCCGAUUGCACGCCCCCAUCCAUAGCAUCCUACGCAAGGUCAAAUCCCCAUUGACCAUCGUCGGUAACACUGCGACCAGCACCAAGACCUACCAGAUCCCCAUCACGCACACCCUGAUGUCCGCCCCCGGCGUGACCUCGCGCGAGAGCGAGUUCUUCCCCGAGCCCAUGCUCUGGGAACCCCACCGGUGGGACGACGGGCACGAGCUAGCGUACACGCGUACCGGCAUGGACAAGGAGGAAUUCGAAGACUACGGGUAUGGUCUCAUCAGCAAGGGCGCCUCGUCCCCGUACCUGCCCUUCGGCGCCGGCCGCCACAGGUGUAUUGGCGAGCAGUUUGCCUACGUCCAGCUCGGCACCGUCCUUGCCCAGUUUAUCCGUGAAGUUAAACUCAAGACCCCGGAGGGCCAGAAGCUUGUCGACACCGACUACUCCAGUCUCUUCAGCAGACCUCUCAAUCCCGCCAUCGUCGAGUUUGAGAAGAGGGAGCAAAAGUCGGAGAAAUCCCGAAAAUGA